UCUGAACAUAUUCUUUUUAAUCUGUGGUGAUCGGUCGAUAUAAUUUUAUAAACUUCAUUAUCUGCGUCUAAUUUAUUUAUUAUUGUUAUUAAAACCUUUUAUUGGUUUUCUCGUGAUGGCAAAACCAAAAAAAGAAGAUGCAUCUGAAGAUGCGAAGAAAAUCGUAGAUGAUGCAAAAAAUUUUAUUGAAAAGGCCAUAGCAGACAUUGGAAAAACUUCCGCAACAAAACAGCUAAUUUUAGGAACUGCGUCAGGAUGGAUAACUGGUUUUAUUACUAUGAAAAUUGGAAAGUUUGCUGCUGUUGGUAUAGGAGGAGGAGUUAUAUUGUUACAUAUUGCAAGUCAAAAAGGCUACAUUGAUAUUAAUUGGGAUAAAAUAAAUAAGAAAGUUGAUAAAAUCAGUGACAAAAUUGAAAAGGAAGCAACAGGAAAAUCUCCCGAUUGGUUUGAGAAAGUAGAACGAUUCGUGGAUCGAAAGUUGGAUAAGGCUGAAGAUUUGUUAAAGAAAAAAGAAGUUAAGGCCAAACGUUGGUACAAUAAUUUCACUGGAGAUGAUCAAUAUCGUGCAACCGAGACUCAUGUUUUUCUAGCAUCAUUUAUGGCAGGGAUGGCUGUUGGUCUUAUCUGUGGCAAAUAAAAAUGUGCUAUUUUUUAUUUUCUGAAAUGUAUGUCCAGUAAUAAGUAGUUUAAAUUUUGUUACAUUAAAUAAAAACCGUAUUAUUUUGAGUUAAUAAUUAUUAGGAUAACAAUGCGCAAUUAAAAAAAUCUAAUAUUUUCAUGCUUUCUGCUAUUUAUUUAUAAGUAUCUGAUGUAAAAUGUAAUAAGAAUAAAUAAAAAAAUGUUUAAAUAUAGUCAUAAUGAUAAUGA